GAAUGGUCAAUAUUGAUAAUUAUCAGAUCAAAAAACCUUCGGUUAUUUAAACUGUGUUUGUGCAUUUUUUUCGGUAGAUCAGUGCUUCCGUAACAUCUUGAGUUAAAUGAGUCAUUAAAGGAUACUUGAAGAGCAGCGGAUCAAGAAAUAUGACCUUUUAUGGUCGAGUUCUGAAUGCCGACAUAGACCUCAGUAAUAGUUACGCUACUUCAGUGUCUGCAUUUCUACUGUUUUACAUGAUUGACUAUGCCCUUCAAACAUGUCAAUCGAGCAAUAAAACUACGAGAAACACUUACUUGUUCAUAAGACUAAGAAAUUACUCCAUCUCCAUAAUCCACGCUUUUAUAUCCGGACUAAGUUCGCUUAUUUGCCUUAUUUCUUAUCCUGACCUAGUCGGUAAUGUCAUAGAUUCAGAGAACGUUUUCGCUUAUCAUAUUAUGGGUUUCGCGACAGGUUACUUUGUUCACGACAUUUAUCAUAAUAUAUGUGGCGGUGUUGGACUAAGAUCGUUGGAGAUAAUAUUGCAUCACAUUACAGUUUUAACCUGCUUUUACGUUGUAUCUUGGUAUAGGAUUCUUGUUUGUUACGCAUUGUUUGGGCUUUUGAUGGAGCUAAACAGCAUAUUUCUUCACGCAAGAAAGUUAAUGAUCUUACUUAACAUCGACCCUGAAUCAGUAACAUACCGCCUUAAUGCUAUUGCAAAUAUCAGCAGGGGUUUGCUCAACAGAGAAUAUUUCAACGGAGAAGUUAGAAAAAGGUUAUUUAUUGUGAUGAACUUUACAAAAUUAUCUGUACAACGAUAGUUCAAGCUAUAAGAGAGGCAAGCAGUUCAGCAAAAUGGGUGUGGCAUUGAAGAUGAACAUUUAGUUAUUAACCAACCAAAAAUUAAUUACAUCUAAUGUAAAUAAAUCAAAUAAAGGAAGACCAGUUGAAAACAUCAGAAAAUAAUCUGUCACGAAACUAAAAUUUUGCUCAAGACGCAGUAAAAGUUUUCAAGGCAUAUUCGAUGAAUUUUCUUUGUCUGACAAAUAUUAGUUUUUCCUUUGCACAUUUUGCUGAAACUGAUCAAUAUCAAGAUGACAAAGACUUGUUUAUUGAACGAUUUGUCUUUGUCAAUGACGACUGCGUUAAUUAUUUCAUUUCAAAGCUUGUAAAACUGCGUUUUUAGCAUGUAAUGUUUUGAAUUACAGUACGAACUCUGCUGUAUGUGUAUCAGAACUUAUUUUUGACUAACCAGGAAACAAGAUUUAUGUUUCUCAGUAAGGUUUAAUAUGAUGGCUACCAUCUGUUGUUGGUUUUCGUUAGGUAGAAUGUUUUCUUAGUUUCAGUACACCACUACGCUUCUUAAACUGCAAUCAAUAUUAUAACUUGAAAGUAAUGACAACUGAAAAUUAAGAAUAUUACGCUAGAUACACGCAUUUAUUCGAUAGCUUCAAGUAAUCAUUAAGAAAAUGAAUACGAGACGAAUGUCGAAGAAAAAUGUUGAAACGCUGAUUUCACAAAGCAAAGAAAUUCAGUAGCGCUUUUCCAUUUCUUUUACACUGGCUUUUAAAAC